AUGAUGUUCCUUUCCACGUUGCAACCGAACUAUUCAGCUUUCCUUCACCAAGGUGCUCCUUUUCUGCCAUCAAAGUUUCCAGCGAGAGUUGCUUGUCACAGAGAUGUUUCCCUGACACCAUUAUCGACUUUUAGCAUAAAAAUGAGAGAAAAACAUGCAAACCAUAGUUCCACCAAAUUUUUUACCAGUGCUGCAAGGAGUGGUCAUCAGUUAAGCUAUGAUGAUGAUUUGCCUGAGGAACCCUUUUUGCUAUCAUUGAUCAAUGAUGUCAUAUGGGGGAUAAAAUAUUUAUUUGUAUUUUUGGUUGAGCAACCUAGCCAGCUGAAAUACGUAGAGUGGCCAAGCUUUAGCAGUACGCUGAGGACGGCGGUUCUGACUCUUAUCCUGGUUGCGUUGCUUAUUGUUGCAUUAUCAUCUGUUGAUUCGGCUCUCUGCUAUCUUCUGGCAUUAGCUCUCAGGAAAAAACCGUAA